AGCCCCUGGAGUCUGGGUCCAGAGCCAGGCCGAGUCCAGUUCCCCCCACUUCCCCCGUCCUCCAUCCCCUACUCAAGUCGGGCAGGCUUUGGCUCUUGAGACCCUAAGCGCGUGGUCCCACCCUUCCUGUCGGCAGCAGCAUGAGCAGCGCCCCUGCGCCGGGCCCAGCGCCCGCCUGCCUGACUCUCUGGGACGAAGAGGACUUCCAGGGCCGUCGCUGCCGGCUGCUGAGCGACUGUGCGAACGUCUGCGAGCGCGGAGGUCUGCGCAGGGUGCGCUCGGUCAAGGUGGAAAACGGCGUUUGGGUGGCCUUUGAGUACCCUGACUUCCAGGGACAGCAGUUCAUUCUAGAGAAGGGCGACUAUCCUCGCUGGAGCGCCUGGAGCGGCAGCAGUGGCCACCACAGCAACCAGUUGCUGUCCUUCCGGCCAGUGCUCUGCGCAAACCACAGUGACAGCCGUGUAACACUGUUUGAGGGUGACAACUUCCAGGGCUGCAAGUUUGAACUGAGUGAUGACUACCCAUCCCUGCCCUCCAUGGGCUGGGCCAGCAAGGAUGUGGGUUCCCUCAAAGUCAGCUCUGGAGCGUGGGUAGCUUACCAAUACCCAGGUUACCGAGGCUACCAGUACAUAUUGGAGCGAGACCGGCACAGUGGGGAGUUCCGCACCUACAGUGAAUUUGGCACGCAGGCCCACACUGGACAGCUGCAGUCUAUUCGGAGAGUCCAGCACUAGGUUCUAUAGCCCCAGAUACCUCCACUGAGAACCUUCAAUAAAGGCUCUUGAACCUGCUUGCC